GUCGGUCCCGGUCGCUGAUCCCACCGGGAUCAGCCGUUGCGGGCGCGGUGCACGCUGGGAGUGGUAGUCCGGCGGAGGCAGCGGCUCCUUUAAGGCACAGUCUCGCGAGAGGCGGCGGUCGUUGGGUGCGCGCGGCGCAGCCCGGGCCCGGAGUCAGGAUCGGGAUCGGGAUGAAGGAGGACAAGGAGAACGCUAGGCCCAAGGAGCGGCGCGGGGCCUCCGCCGGGCCGGGCGUUCUGAUGGCCGCGGGACCAGGCUCGGGCCCCGCCGCCGGCACGGACGGCAGAGCCGGCGCCGCCGAGCUCGAUCGCCUGGAGCGGCCCAAGGACAAGAAGGAGACGCUCAGCAAGGUGGUGAUCCGCCGGCUGCCGCCCAGCCUGACGAAGGAGCAGCUGGAGGAGCACCUGCAGCCUCUGCCCGAACACGACUACUUCGAGUUCUUCGCGAACGACUCCAGCUUGUACCCGCACAUGUUCUCGAGAGCCUACAUCAACUUCAAGAACCAGGAAGACAUAGUCCUCUUCAGGGAUCGCUUCGACGGCUACGUUUUUGUCGAUCACAAAGGUCAGGAAUAUGCUGCCAUAGUUGAGUUUGCACCUUUCCAAAAAGCUGCAAAAAAGAAGAGUAAGAAAAAGGAUGCCAAAACUGGAACUAUUGAAGAUGAUCCGGAAUACAAGAAGUUUUUGGAAAGUUACAGUGCAGAUGAUGAAAAAUUAACCUCCACUCCUGAAACUUUGUUGGAGGAAAUAGAGGCAAGAAACAAAGAGCUAAUAGCUAAAAAGACUACUCCUUUAUUGAACUUCUUGAAAAACAAACAGAGACUGAGAGAAGAAAAAAGAGAGGAGAGAAGGAGGAGAGAAUUAGAAAGAAAAAGACAAAGAGAAGAAGAAAGAAGAAAAUGGAAAGAAGAGGAGAGAAGGAAGAGAAAAGAAGCAGAAAAAUUGAAGAAAGUAGACAGAUGCCCAGAAAAAGAAAGAGACAGAUCAAAAGAAGAACCAAAGAUUAAGCUACUUAAGAAGCCUGAAAAAGAUGAAAAAGACUUGGAGAGAAAAGAAAAAUCCAAGAAACUGGAAAGAGAGACUCUGAGGGAGGAAAAAAAUGCGAGUAGUGCAUCUGCCAAACGAUCUGAUGGGGAGACAAAAGAAGAGAAGGCAAAAAAAUCAGAAGAUGAGUGUGUAAAGGACUACAGGGACCGAGAUAGAGAUUUUGACAGAGACAGAGAAUAUGAGAGAGCACAGAGAGAGAAGCUGAGACGCCAAGAAGAGGAGCGUCGGAGGCAGAAAGAGCGCUAUGAGAAAGAGAAGGUUUUUAGAAGAAAAGAGGAAGAGGUGAAAAAGGAGAGAGACUUACUCAGAGAAAAGGGAAAGAAAAGUGAUCUUACAGACUUUACCAGCAGCAUGGACAAAGCUGAGAAAGUAACCAAAGACGAUAAAAAAGAGGAUACAAUUAAGAGGGAUCGUAUCAGAAACAAGGAUCGCCCAGCAAUGCAGCUGUACCAGCCUGGAGCCCGAAGCCGGAGCAGAUUGUGUCAGUAUGAAGACAGUGCUGCAAAGCCCCCAGAUCAGGGAGUGGAUAAGAAACAAGAGGGUGAGACCAGUCACACAAAGGAAGAGGAGUGACUGAUGUGCCAGCCUUAUGUGUUCUGACUCUCUGUGCAGCCAAAGAGCAUGUACUGCGCAAUCCAGAAGUGCCUUCGGAGCAAAAAAGGAACAAAGGAAGAAAAGGGGGCAUUGUGCUGUUGGAUGUUUCUGGUUAAAGAACCUCAGUUGUAGAUUCCAAAUUUGAAA